AUUCAAGAAAGUGAGAUUUUUUGACAUUGUUUGACACAGUUUGGACACUAUUUGACACUGUUUUAGACUAUUUUGCACUGUUUUGUUUGUCAAAACAAGGAAAGGUAACUUUUAUUUAAGGACAGCCCGAAAAGGAAACAAAGACUUUUAUUUAGGGAUGGAGGUAUUUUUUUUCUCCCCUCCCCUAUGUUUUUUUAAAAGGAAAAUUGUCAUAUAUAUUAUUAUAUUAAAUCAAAACUCGCAUACAACCAGAUGAAAUUGCAAACAAUAAACGUAACCACCCGACACUAACCUCCCUCUAAAUAAACAUCAUGAUCUGAGAAGCCCACCACCUUCUCACUUCUUUAUCAAAUAUAGAGUAGUCCACCCAAAAUAGCGAGACAGAACUUUGACGCUAUUAGCGCCCGAAUCAGCCUGAUUGACUCUCAACACAAAUCCAGAGCCUAAGGUAAAUCAAACUAAGAACCUACAACCCUUAUCAUUUGACCUAAUAAAAACAAAAUAAAGUUUGCAAACAGAAUAGAACAUAACAAAAAUAAAUAUACAUCAGCUGCGUCAUCAUCAUCCAGACCCUAGUCGCGUAAUUCCUCUGUGGCGGCGGUUCAUGAGGAGAUGAAUCAUCAACAUACCAUCUUCUUCCUCCACCAACUGAGGCGGCCAAAACAACCACGUCGAUCCCCCAACAGCUGAUUGGAGACCAAAUUCGCCCCCUUUAACUGAGACCCAUACCGCCAGCGUUCCACCCAGAUCAAACACAACUAGUGCAGCUCCCAUCUCAGUCACCAUCAGAGCUCAAAUAGCCAAACCAAGCAUCUAAAACUCGGUUCUCGCAACCCUACCCGACGCAGAUCCACGAUCGCCUUAAAAAUCACUAAAAGCCCUUGACACCACUCUGUAAAUCUGUCAAGCUAAAUCAUUGCGCAUAAGUCUUCCAUGCCGUCUAGCUGCCUUUCUCGACCCAGCCAGACUUCCUCUCCCAAUCCCUAAGCCUCUGUUGUGGAAUUCCAAAGCAUCGAUUGUAAUUUCCACCGCACUACUAGUCGUCCGGGAAAACUGCACUGUCUCGCUGCCCUGCAACCAAAGUCUAGACCACGAUAGAGAACUUCGGGACACCAACCACCAUGAAUGAAUCACCGCGUCGCCUACUAAACUAACCCUAGACUACACUGGGUCUUCCGCAUUGCAUCAACGCAGGCCCAUGCAGAGUGUCCUCCCACUAAUGUGAUAUUUUGCCAACUUAUCUUUUUUAUUUGUUCCAAUAGUUUGUCACUUUCAGUUCAAAGCAAAGAAUUUGUUUUUCUGUUUAUUUCUCUCUCAUCUACACAUAACCCAACUACAAUUUUUACUUUUCUUAUUUUGCACGUAACGUAAAUUAAGCAAAGUCCAAUAGGAUGUGGGGUUAUAUUACCUGUAUUAUUUUUAUUUCACUCUGACAAAAGAUGACAUACUCAGAAGAUUAAACACAGAAGACCGUGACCACGUGGCAUCGCAUCGUCCAGAUGGCACCCCAUCGGGCGGAACCAAAAGUGCUCGGAUCACGGCCAAGAGCCCAAAGUAGAAAUGGGUCACCCAUCGGCCUGGUACUCCAUCGGCCAUGGAUUGGGGGACUACACCGGCCUCAAGAUCGCAUCAUCAACAUCAGUGAGCAUCACAACGACCACAAAUACAUGGAUUUGCCUUCGGCCAAGCCAAAAGGUGAACCUAGAGGACCCGCAUCAUCCUUAAAAUGACGAGUCACACUUCAUCACAAAGCUAAGCAUUGACAUUACAACGUCCACACGCAUGUGGGUCAACCUCGGCCAAAGCCAGAACACAAAAGGAGAGUAACAAUGGACACACAUCGCCUUCGAAAGCAAAGGUCAUGCCUCAUCGCCCAUAAGGAACAAGCGCAAGGGAUUUACAUCACCCUUUUAAAGGCAAUGCCAAGUCGUCGACCAUCAAACAAUGCCAAGGACAUCGGUCAUCAUCGACCAUCAACUACAAAGAAGCCAGCGGAUCAUGCAACGGCCAGACACUAGGAAAUAGCCCACAACGAGACAUCAACCACACAUGGUUCCUCUUCGGCCAAAAGCAACCAAACAUGAUCUUCUCCCUUUCACUUCGUCUACAUCUCAGCUCAGAGAGUGGGGGACUCCUGAUAGAGUAUAUGAGCCCAGACUCCACGGGCCACAUACUCAGAAGAUUAAACACAUAAGACUGUGACCACAUGGUGUCGCAUUGGCCAGAUGGCACCCCAUCAGCCAGAACCAAAAGUGCUCGGAUCACGGCCAAGAGCCCAAGGCAGAGGUGGGUCACCCAUCGACCUGGUACCCCAUCGGCCUGGUACCCCCAUCGGCCUGAUACCCCAUCGGCCUGGUACUCCAUCGGUCGUGGAGCGUAUCGGCCAGAGAGCACACAUCAGCCAAGAUCUCCCCCUGGCAGAAUGUAUUUUCCUAUUUUUUUUAUUAAGUGUUGUACUCAGGCCAUUAGUGGUCUUAUUUUGCCCAAAGAAGGCAUAAUUAUUGUAAUGAGCCUUAUAAGUUCAAGGCUAGGAGGUCAAAUCCACAUUUACUUCUAUAAAUACUCCCUUUGGGAUAGUUAUAGGAGGUUGAGAAAUAUUAAUUACUCACUUUCUCUUUAUAGCUUUUACUUCUGAUAAUUAAAUACUCUAUUAGUGACAAUUGAAUACUCCAAGAAUCUAAUUUGGAGAAAAGUCAAAGUAAACCUAAUAGUCAUAUACUCCAAACCUUCGUGUAUAUACUUCCUCCGUUCUUUUUUAGUUGCAACGGUCAACAUUUCACACUUGCCAACGCACAUCUUUGACCGUAAUUAUAUCUUAAUCCCUAUUAGUAAAAAAUAUUUAAAAACUAGAUUUUGAAAAUUUGUAAUGAGAUGAAUUGAACAAUAUAAUUUAAAAAUAAUAAUUUUCAUAAAAUAAUAAUAUAAAAUGUAGUCAAAGUAGAAUAUGUGAAUAGUGUAAAAUUCAACAUGUUGCGAUUAAAAAGAGAGGGAGGAUAGUAUAUAGGACAUGGGGGCGGCGUUAUAGUUAACGGUGCAAAUUGCACACUUUAAUUCCCAAUGAAUAUUCAAAAAAUGGUCAGCUCUGGAGCCGUACGUAACACCUCCGGCAGCGGUGCACCCGCCGUGAACCAGAUAAACCAAGUCCGUAAGAAGCCGGAUUUUCUACACAGCACUAAUCUCAAGUACUUCAAAGUAGGAUACCAAUACCUGACGUCACACGUUUUGACCUUCUUUUUAGUCGCUCUCAUCGCCGUCGCUCUCAUCAUCAAUACGGAAUACCAAGAUUUGAACAUUUACCAAUACCUCGUCGCCGUUACCGUUAUCUCCAUUUUCCUCGUAUUCGGAUCAACCAUUUACAUCUUGACCCGACCCAGACCCGUUUUUCUCGUGGAUUACUCGUGUUACCGCCCGCCGGAUCACCUCCGGGUACCCUACGCAAAGUUCAUCAACCAUUCCCGGCUCACCGGAGAUUUUGAUGACCCGGCGCUCGAUUUCCAGCAAAAGAUUCUGGAAAGGUCCGGUCUUGGGGAGGAAACUUACCUCCCGGAGGGUAUGCAUAGAGUCCCGCCUGUCAUUAACAUGGACUCUGCUCGGGCCGAGGCAGAGCAGGUCAUGUGUGGUUGUCUGGAUAGCUUAUUCCGUAACACUAAGCUCAAACCCGAGGAAAUUGGUAUUCUUGUGGUGAAUUGUAGUUUGUUCAAUCCCACCCCGUCGCUUUCCGCCAUGAUUGUGAACAAGUACAAGCUGAAAGGGAACGUCAGGAGCUUCAAUUUGGGAGGAAUGGGGUGUAGCGCCGAGCUCAUCGCCGUCGACCUAGCGAAAGAUAUGUUACGAGUUCACCGGAACACUUACGCCGUCGUCGUCAGCACAGAGAACAUGACCCAGAAUUGGUAUUUCGGGAACAAGAAAUCUAUGUUGAUCCCCAACUGUAUCUUCCGCGUCGGCGGCGCCGCCGUUUUGCUGUCCAACAAGGCGGCGGACAAGAGGAGAGCAAAGUACCAGCUCGUCCAUGUAGUCCGGACGCACAAAGGGGGGGAAGACGCGGCCUACCGGUGCGCUUAUCAGGAACAGGACAUCGCCGGAAAAACAGGGGUGUCACUGUCGAAAGACCUGAUGAGAAUCGCCGGCGCAGCCCUGAAGACCAACAUAACAUUCUUGGGGCCGCUGGUGCUUCCGAUCAGAGAGCAAGUUCGGUUCUUUUCAACCCUCGUCGCCGGAAAGGUUUUCAAGAACGGCGGAAUCAAGCCGUACAUCCCGGACUUCAAGCUGGCAUUUGAACACGUGUGCAUUCACGCCGGCGGGAGGGCGGUGAUCGAUGAGCUGGAGAAGAACUUGAAGCUCUCGCCGGUGCACGUGGAGGCAUCGAGAAUGACGCUGCACCGGUUCGGGAAUACGUCGUCGAGUUCCGUCUGGUACGAGCUGGCCUACACGGAGGCGAAGGGGAGGAUCCGGAAGGGAAACCGGAUAUGGCAGAUUGCAUUUGGGAGUGGGUUCAAGUGCAAUAGUGCUGUUUGGAAAGCUCUGAGGAAUGUGAAGCCUUCUCGAGACAAUCCAUGGGAGGAUUGUAUUCAUAAGUAUCCAGUGCAAUUGAUGCCCAACUAAUUAAAUUGUUGGAUAUGAACUUGAAUAUGCCGUUACCCCAUAUAGAAAUAUGGGUUCAACUACACUAAAGAAUAGUUUGGGUGUUUUCUUUUGUACUGAAAUUUGACGGUCUGUUCUGGUAAACAUCUGGUCUCUGUGUAUUUUAUAACUACGGAAGUCAAGUCUAGUCU